AUGAGCCUUCAGCUCGUUCAAAGUUACGAUUCAGACGAGGACGAAGCGCGUCUACGAAGCGCGGCUUUCGCGCAGGGAGGCGAUUCGUCGGAUUCGUCAGGCAGCGAAUCGGACGACGCGGAAGAUGCGGAGACAGAAGAAGCUUCGCGGAGCGGAGAGGAUAGCGGGGGUAAGGAAAACGCGGGAGGAGCGGCGACGGCCGGUAGGACUGCCGGAGGAGCGCAAGCGGCCGGUAGAAUAGGCGGCGUCAGACGAACGGCUGCUGGAUUUUUGCCGGAGAAAGGACCCUCUGGAUUGCCGUCCGCUGCAGCGGCGUUCGAAGCGGUGCGUGGUACUUCCAGACCGGUGGGAGGCGGGGAGGAAGGGAAGUGGGAAGGAAGAAAGAGGGGAGGGCCGGUGGGAGGAGAGGAGGAAGGGGG